ACUGCGUCAUUUUGCCGGGAAUAUUGGACCACGUGUUUCCUACCGGCGAGCUCGUUCCCUCACUGUGCGAUUCAUUACUUUUCAUUCCGAAACGAGCCGGGGUGGGGGAUACUAGCAAGAUGGCGGCGCGGUGGAGAGUAGGCGAGGAGACUUUAACUGCGUGCAAUAUGGAUUUAUUCCCCUUGGACACACUCGACGAGGCUUCUGCCCUGAACUCUGUAGAAACCCUGGAAGUCCUGCAGAGUUGCAUAGACCCCACGAUCCUUUCUAUAUUUGAAGACAUGCCAGCGAUAGAGGCUAAAGGACUGGAUGAUGAUGAGAGCGAAGCCACGCUGCUAACCGCCCUGACGGAGAUCCUUGACAACGUGGAUGAUGAGAACUUGUCCCCGUUCGACACCCUGCCAGACUCUGACCUGCUGUCAAAUCAGAAGGGCAGGGAACACUCCCCGCUCAGGAGAUUGCUGGGUCAAACCCGUUCCCCACCUGAAAAAGACUUGCUUUUUAGCUCAAGACCCAUAUCAACUGGAAAGACUCUUCCCAGAAUGCAGCCAGACUCUCUCCAAAGGAGUGACGGGGAAGAGGAAGAUGAGAAUUCCCUCACUCCAAGCCCAGUGAGGCACAGUUUGUCUCCUGACCACAGCCUCUUGGACUGGGAGGGCCUCAGCCUCCCGCUUCCUGUGAACUUUGAGCAGGAUACUCAGGAUGGUCUUUCAGUUAGUCUGGGGGAUUUGGUCAGGCACAUGCACCCAUACUGUAUGGCCAUUUGCAUGGAGAAUGAUGAUGCGGAACAGAUGUUGCCUGAAGGUGGCAUCUUGCUCGAGGUUGUGGACCAGGCGGAGAAUGGAGAUCCCAUCCUGGCCAUUCCAGACCUGGGUCUCCCGCUACCUCUGCCCCUUAUAGAACAGUCUACAGAAAAUGAGCAGAAUUUGGCUGAUGAAGCAACAGAGGAGGCCUCAGACAGCUCUGAGCAUAUAUUUGUAGUUGUUGAUGAUGAUGAUGUAACAGUCACUGAGCCGCUACAGAAGGCAGCCUCUGCAACACUAGAAGUGUGUUCAGAUGCAAAGGACAAGACGAUCACUAAAAAACAAAAGGAGGACAUUAAAGAGAAAUUCCCUUGUCGCAGGAGAAGGAAAAAGAAAUGUAAGGAAGAGCCACAGCCCCAACCUAUGGAAGGUAGGGUUCUUAGAAGUGGCAGAGUAAGUGGAAUGUCACAGGAGGCAGCUCGAAAGCCCCAAAAUAAGUCUGUUAAAAAAGAGAAGAAAUCUAAAGUACCAAAGGUUCCUCCUGCAGCAACUCUAACUUCUUUCUCUGAAAAACCAAAGGAAAUAAAUUUGUGCCAAGCUAAGACUCGAGCAGGAAUCACGGCGACAGCACUGUUGCCUGCCAUGCACACACAAGCACCUACGUCUGUAUUAACCAGACAGGACAAAGUUCCAGUGAACAGUGGCCUGGCGAAAAGUCGGUCAGUCUGUUCACCCCCAACACAGAACUCCCAGAAGGCCGUUGAAGUAGAGAAACGGCCGGCUCCAGCCUCUGAGAAGCUGGAGGCCCCGUCAGUGGCUCCCCUGGCUGUGCUGCCCCCACCGUCUUCAGAAAGCCCUGCAGCUGCUGCUGCUCCUAGUCCCGUAACGCCCCACAUGGCUCCACCUGUUAAUGAGGCCCUUCUUCCUGUGGCCCCAGCGGCCCCAGAACCAAAGCCCAAGUCGCUCAGUUUAGCAGAAUACCGGCGGCUCCGGCAGCAAAAAAAGCCUGCUCCGAUGGGAAACCAAGAUGGCAACAGCACCAAAUGGCCCAGCCUGCAGGAGCUUCCCAAAGAGCUUCCCCCAAUCCCCUGCCUGCCCGACCCCACCACCAAGGAUCGACGACCCGUCACAACAAAGGAGGUGGUUGAGAUCAAGCCUGCUUGGCAGCCAAGGGGACCUGCUGCACCACCGACGCCCGAGGCACUUCUGGCCCCGCCGGCCUACAUGGUUUCCUCAUCUAGCAAAGUUUCAGCUGCUACUACUGUUCCCAAACCUCAGCAAACGCCUUCUCCCAUUCAGAAGCCCCCAGUUCCUGCCCCCAGUGCAGCGGAAAAACUGUCUACACUGCAAACCGCCACUGUGCAGCCUGCAGUAACUACUGUGCCUCAGAGCUCCGCGUCUCUAGAAGUCGGUCAGCCCAACUCGUCCCCUGUGCUUUCUACUGGCAAUGGUGCAUAUCCCAAGUCUGCAGAACUCCCAAAGUCCUGUCCUCAAACCACUACAGAGGUGAUCAAACCAACUGCUGCUAAGGUGUCUGUUCCCAGUGUCCCACAGAACACCACUGUUUCCAUGAGGGUGCCUGAAGCCACUACUGCUACCUCAUUAAAUAAACCCAGCAGGUCCUCAAAAGUUACAGUCAGUGUUAACUCUUCUUCAGCCUCUCGUCAUUCUGAACCCCAGAGUCUGAAGGUACGACCUGUUGCGCUUGAAACUAAAGGGAACUGCACUACUUCGCCGAAAAGGACAAAGAGCCCCACACAGGAGCUGAUCGAGUCCUUCACCACAGAGAUGGGUAUUGAAGCAUCUGAUCUGACCAGCCUUCUGGAACAGUUUGAGGAAACACAAGCCAAAGAGGAGCAUUGUGUGCCGGAGGUCUCUGGUAGAGCAGCAGCUGUAGGAAACUCGAGUGUUGAGUUGGCUCCUGAGAACACGAUUGUGGAGCGUGUGAAAGCUAACCAUGUCUCAAGCACUGCAGCUUUGACUCCUCCAGCCACUCCUCCCCACCAGAUGUGGAAACCUCUGGCCCCGGUGGCUCUACUAGGAAAGGGCAAGGCCACCGAGACCACCAAGUUGAGCUCUUCCAAGGCAAUCCAGAUUGAACCCCGGCCGCUGCCCUCGGUCCGGUCCCGCAGCCAACCCACUCCUGCUGUCGCUACCAUAGCGCCCCACUUGGCGUGCAUGGACCAUGACUACUGCCUCCCCAACAGAGGCGCUUCUGAUGGAGAGCAAGGGAAGCGUUGGAAUGUCAAACAGCAGGCGUUUAUCACGAUUAAGCCAAUUAAACAACAAACGGCAGCCACUACACAGACUCCACCUGCCAAGGCACAACCUGCAAUUACACCUAAAGUGAAACAUUUUCCAUCGACGAAGCCUCUGGAACACAGAACUGAUGGCAUAGAAAGAAAUUCCGUUCUGGAAACUCCUGAUGCUUCUCCUGCUCGACAGGACAGUGAUUUCAAUGUUAAAGAGAGUCCAAGGAGAAGGUCCUACCGUCGACAUACUUCACAGGCACCCAGCCUCAGAUCUGGAGCUCGGUCUAGAAAAAGAUCCCAUCGAUCUUCCAGUCCUGUGUCCAGCGAUUCAGAGUCAGACUCUCAUUCCUUGAGAUCACGCUCACCACCUAAGAAAAGGUAUCGUUCUCGUAUCUCUGAGAGCAGUUCCAGCUCCUCAUCCCGUUCUUCGUCCCGUUCCUCUCCCUCUGUGUCCCGCUCUCCGCCCAGGAGGAGGAGGUACUCCUACUCUUCCUCUCGUUCUGGCUCGUGGAGUCGCUCCAGGUCACGAUCUCGAUCCCCUGAUAGACGAGCACAGUGGAGUGGAAGCAGAAGAAUGCACAGUCCCUCAUACAGUCCUGGAUACGGUCACGGUUUAAAGAUAGAUAGUGAGGAGAUGAGAAGGCGCAAAGAGAAAGCCAUUGAGGAGCGCAGAGUUGUUUAUGUUGGUCGAAUUCGAGGUUCAAUGACCCAGAAAGAGCUCAGGGAGCGUUUCUCUUUAUUUGGUGAGAUUGAAGACUGCACCCUGCACUUUAGAGACCAAGGGGACAACUAUGGGUUUGUGACCUAUUACAACACCCACAACGCUUUCACUGCUAUUGAAAAUGGAAGCAAGCUGCGCAAACCUGAUGAGCUGCCAUUUGAUCUUUGUUUUGGUGGGAGAAGACAGUUCUGCAAGACCAACUAUUCUGACUUGGAUUCAAGCAGAGAGUAUGAUCCAUUUCCUGCAAAAAGGAAGUUUAAUGCACUAGACUUCGACACUUUAUUGAAGCAGGCACAGCAGAAAAUGAAGAGGUAACAAGAGGCCUGCUACAGAAGAAGCUGACACUUACCUCAGGGCCAAGGACCGGCUCCAACUGCAACACUGUCUUUAUGUUUUGUUGCAUUAGUUUCUGUUUGUUUUGUUUCUGCAAGCUAACACCUUCUAUUGAAGUGGAAAUUUGUAAAGAAAGUAGUAAAAGAAGUUUAAAAAAAAGAAAUAAGUGAAAUUAAAUUUUUUUAAAGUUUAUUUAAAUGUAAAAUCAAAUUUAAAUGGUAUGGAGUCUUUUUAAUAGGAUAAAGAAGUGAAAUGGAGUUAUUGGGAGGGAAUGUAAUACAUGUUAAUGUACUACAAACCUAAAUAAAACCCAACUAAAUGUG